AAAAAAAAAAAAAGAAGGUUUGUCUCCAAUGUUGAUUGUUGACCUUUACUCACAAGUCACACAUGAGACUAUAAGAGGAGGUUAAACCAUAAACGCACAAAAUGUCGACCUCGGCCUUGGCCCGUACUAGCCGUUGGGUUUCGCGGUCCAAAACACUAUUGCAUUUCCAAACGAAGCUAAUUCUCACAUCUUUCUCCACCGACACUGGCACAGCUGACAAGGAUAAUGAUCCGGGUCGACCCGGGCCACCUCCGAUCCGGGUCUUGCUCACCGAGUCGGCCGGGCGAGGCGUGUUCGCCACUCGAAGAAUCGGAGCCGGAGAGCUUAUCCACACAGCUAAGCCCGUCGUUGCUCACCCUUCUCUCUCUAAGAUCCACAGCGUUUGUUACUUUUGUCUCAGAAACCUCAAAACUACCUGUCAAAGUCAAACUCAAGCUGUGCAGUUUUGUAACGAAGAGUGCGAAGAGCAAUCUAAGGCUUUCUACGAUAUUGAGAAGAGAGCAAAUUGGUCAGCCUAUGAUGAUUAUUGCCGAGCACAAGGUUUGAAAUACCCACUUCUCGUGAAACGGUUAGCAUGUAUGGUAAUAUCAGGAUUUGCAGCUGCCGACAGUCUUGACAUACUUCAACCUGCUACUUUAUCUCCUUUAAUGAUCUCAGAGAUGGUAGAGGAGCUUGGCUUAUUAAGGAGUUCCUUCACAAAGGCUAAUAUCACAGAUGAACAGAUAGCUUUUCUAACCAAGACAUGGUACACUAGUGUUCUGGCAUGUAUUCGUAUUAAUGCAUUUCGUGUUGAAUUGGCUGGGGAAUCGUAUCAAGAUCUUCUUGUAUUGGCAGCUGCCUCUGUAGAUGCUGAAGCUGGUGUUGGAAAUGCAGUUUAUAUGCUUCCAUCGUUCUAUAAUCAUGAUUGUGAUCCCAAUGCACACAUAUUAUGGAUACAGAAUGCAGAGGCCAGAUUGAAGGCACUUUGUGAUGUUGAGGAAGUACUUGCUAGUAGGGUAUAGCAGACUUGAAAAUAUGUUGUAAGGUGGAAGAGGAGUCCUAAGCUGGUUGGACAGAGAGACCAUCACUCCCAUUUUUAAAUUGCUAGACAGAUUGAUGGUUUCUAAUAACGUAUGCACCACGCAGUAGUUUUAUCAUGUAGAGAAAAAGAAAGAGAAAUCACAGACAGAUGUGAAGCUGCAUUCAAUGAGAUUUGUCCUGUCAUAUUUAUAAAUAGCCUUCAUACUCCAGCAUCUUUUUGUUACAAAGUAAGGCUAUUUUCAUCUGUUAGAUGAGGCCCCAUCAAGCUGCUUGUAUGCUAGAGCCCAUUCGAACAAAAAAUUAUGA